UCUCAACGGCAGGUUCAGGAUUUCUUGCAUUUGAGGUUAGAGUUCUUCCUUAAUUUGUUUUUGUUUUUUUUUCUUUUAUUAUUGGAGCGGCUACUACAGCUGAAUGAACAUGUCUACAUCAGGCAAAAUAAAUAAGAAGAAAAAUCCAUCCUUCAAAAUCUUUAAAUCUUACAGGGCUGGCUUGCAGUUCCCAAUAGGUCGAAUCUAUAAGUAUUUAAAGACUGGAAACUAUGCUGAAAGAAUCAGUAUUGAAGCCCCUGUCUUUCUGGCUGCUGUGAUGGAAUAUCUGACCACAGAGUUGCUGGAGCUAAGUGGUAAUGUUGCUCAGCUGAACAAAAAAGUCCGUAUCACCCCUCGGCAUAUCCAGCUAGCCCUUCAAAAUGACAAGGAACUUCGUGAGCUCGUGGCUGCUGCAACAAUUCCUGAAGGUGGGGUGAUGCCCCACAUUCAUUUCCAACUACUUUCCCGGAAGACUCGAGCUCUACCAGAUGGGAAAUCCUCUUCCUUCCAAAAGGUCUAGCUAUUUCCAGAGAAAAAGAAAAUAGGGAAUCCUUGGAAUUUUUCUCUUCAGACAUGUAUUGCUUGCUCUAAGCAGGUUCAGUUUGCUUGGAAAGGUUGAUAGGUGAUAAUUUGAGUUUUUAAUUUUUAAUGAGUCAGAAUUAUAGAAAUGCAUUAUAAUAAAAAAUGCUUGCUUUUUUUUAUGCUUUAA